AUGAGCGAGCCGGCAUCGAAACCAAGUCCGUUCUAUUACGCUUGUAGAGCAAAUGACUUCGAUUCGGUCGAACGAUUACUACGAAAACAUACAUUGGAAGAACUCGAUCGAAUGGAACCCAAUGACAGUACACCAUUACAUGUUGCAUGUUUUCAUAAUUCAGUCGGUGUCGUUGUUUUAUUACUACAACGUGGUUUCACACGGCGUAUUUUGAAUAAAUAUGAUAAAACUCCAUACGAAGAGAUCAGCAAUGAAAACAAACAUUUGUUUCAUCGAGAUUUUUCAACGCAUCGCUUUGGAGGAAGAAUUUCUAUCGAAGAAGAAUUAUCGAUUUGGGUUCGACCAGACGUGAAUCUAAAGAAUAUUCCAGCUGAUUAUCUUCAAGGUAAUCGAUUAAAAUAUGGCGCUUUGCAUAUAGAUCGAAUAUGCACACAACUACGUCCUAUGAUCAAUCUUGACGUUAUUCGACGUUUUCUUCGUCAAGCUGUCGAAGAAAAAGAUUGCAUUCACUUAAUCCAAGCGUAUACAGCCGAAACAGACUUUUACAAACGUGUCAAUCAUUAUCUUUUGUCAAGAAAUGAAGAUAAUCCUCUAUUAGAGUUCGUACAAACAAUCUAUUUCAAUCGCGAAUUACACGAAACAUAUUCGUACAAAGAUUAUUGUUAUCGAAGUGUUUGUCUCAAUGCUCUCGACGACCUUAACGUAUUUAAAAAAGGAAGUAGAAUUUCGAAUCGAACAUUUCUUUGCACGACGCAAGAACGAACAAUUGCUGAAGAAUAUAUUCGUAAAUGUAACACCGCCGAUCAACAUGUUGUGAUGAUGAUAUUUCGAAUUCGUCAUUCUUAUACCGCAUUAGAUGUUCAAUAUAUUUCCGAAUUUCCACAUGAAAAAGAGAUUUUAAUUAUGUUCGAUAGCGUAUUUGAAGUCACUGAUAUCAUUCAAAACGACAAUGCAAAUUCUGAGAUUCAUCUGACAGAAAUCAAACCUACCUAUCGAUUCAUUAAUAAAUAG